AUGGAUGGUACCAUUUCACAAGCAGCCUCUUUGCCCUGGUCCGAAGCUCCAAGCCGGUACGAGAAGCAGAAGCGCCGCGACUGGAACACAUUCUGCCACUACAUCCGCAGCCACAAGCCAACCGAUGUUCAUCAGCCUGUCUGGACUAGUUCCCAUAUCCUGGAAUUUCUGAGGUACCUCGACCAAUUCGGCAAGACCAAAAUUCACAACCAGACCUGUCCUUAUUUCGGGGUCCCGAAACCCCCAGUGCCCUGUCCUUGCCCGCUUCGGCAAGCAUGGGGCAGCCUGGACGCUCUCGUUGGACGUCUCCGGGCAGCCUACGAGGAGAAUGGCGGGGCGCCAGAAUCGAAUCCAUUCGGAGCAAGGGCUGUUAGGGUUUUCCUGCGUGAGGUGAGGCGAUUCCAGGCCAAGUCAAGAGGGAUUACUUAUGACAAGAAGAAAAGAAAGAGAGGUUGUGGUUUCCAAAAGGUCAUGUGA